CAGUGUGGAAAAGCAUUUCCAACACGAACACGUCUUGAACUCCACAUGAGAAUGCACACUGGAGAGAAACCUCAUAAAUGUGCCCAGUGUGGAAAAGGUUUUUCACAAAUUUCAACUCUUAAAACCCAUAUGGUAACACACACUGGAGAGAAGCCUCAUCAAUGUGUCCAGUGUGGAAAAACAUUUCCAACACGAACACGUCUUAAAGUCCAUAUGAAGACACAUACCAGAGAUAAACCUUUUAAAUGUGCCCAGUGUAGAAAACGUUUUUCAUACAGUUCAACUUUUAAAACCCAUAUGCUAAUACACACUGGAGAGAAGCCUCAUCGAUGUGCUCAGUGUGGAAAAGCAUUUAUAAAGUCCUCUGAUCUUAAACGCCACAUGCUUACACACACUAGAGAGAAGCAAAAGCAGAAUACUAACAAAGGCAUUCAUCAGUGUGUCCACAUUCUAACACACACUGGAGACGAGCCUCAUCAAUGUGUCCAGUGUGGAAAAGCAUUUAAAACAUCCUCAGAGCUUAAAACCCAUAUGGAAAUACACACUGGAGAGACGCCUCAUCAAUGUGCCCAUUGUGGAAAAGCAUUUAGAAGGUCUUCAACUCUUAAACGCCACAUGCUAACACACACUGCGAAGAAGCCCAAGCAGAACACUAACAAAGCCACUCAUCAGUGUGACCAGUGUGGACAUGUUUUUGCCAAUCUGCGAAACCUUAAAAACCACAUGUUAAUACACACUGGAGAGAAGCCCCAUAACUGUGUCCAGUGCGGAAAAGGUUUUUCACAAAUUUCAAAUCUUAAAAGCCAUAUGCGCACACACACUGGAGAGAAGCCCCAUAACUGUGUCCAGUGCGGAAAAGCUUUUUCACAAUUUUCAUCCCUUAAAACCCACAUGCUAAUAAUACACACUGGAGAGAAGCUUCAUCAAUGUGUCCAAUGCGGAAAAGCUUUUUCAUACAGAGAGAACCCUCCAGAAUGUUUCAAAUCCAUUGUGACAUCACACUCUGGAGAGAAGCCUCCAGAAUGUUCCAAAUCCAUUAUGACAUCACAUAUAGGAGAGAAGCCUCAUGACGAGGUCCAGUGUGGAGAAAGACUUUGA